AUGCCCCUAUUUCGAGAUCCGGAUCGGCGGCGCCAUUAUCUAUGGUCACCAGACCAUAGACAAGAACAACCAACUACAGGGUCCUCCGAGUCCCUCAAUGAUCUUCACCACCGAGUUUCACAAGAUUUUGCAGAACCUGUGUCUAAAUAUUCAGAGCUCUCGCUGCCAACGGAGCCGGACAUGCCAGGACCGUGGUCCAACGACCGGGAGGAGCUCAUACAUCGUAUCAAGGAAUCUUCGCCUUGGAGACUUCAACCCGUGUCUACUGACAGGGAAGAUGGUGACGUCUUCAUGCCCCGCAGGUCACAGGAACAGCAUCAAAGUGUAGAACAACAUCAAGAACCUUCUACUGAAUAUCAACAUCGUAUAGAUGAGACAGAAGAACUGGGAUCGCCGGCCGAUAUCCAGAGACCUCGGUCAGCGUUACACUCAGGCGACUUCAGAGAAGGCGCCACAGAUCACCAUGAUCCACCAACUCCCAGGCCUCUAUUUAAGGAGCGAAGUACAGCUUCUCCUUUUCCUCACUUGAGUUCUUCUCCUACAACUCCCUGGUUUGGAGCUCCGGCAUUUGCAUCCUUACAAACACCAGCCACAUCAAAUGGCAAUCCGCAAUCCAUUCCGUUCGGCGGGAACACCCGUGCUCGGGCACCUUCAUUGGGUUCGUUCUCUUCAAGCUAUGUGCUCAAGGCUCCAACAAGUCCGCUAGUAUAUCAAGCAAAUAAUACGGACCUGGAUUUUUCGCCUCGCAUCGAACCCGUGGAUGUAUCGGACCCUUCAGAGAAAGCGAACCGCCGCCGCACGUUGCCCCCAGAGACUUUCGGACAUUUUCAAUUUGCUCCGCCAAGCCAAAGCCAACAUGCCUUGAACAUUGGCAGUCCAUGCCCGCCCGGGAGACAGCGGGAUUUGUUCGCCAAUCAAAACUCUCAUCCUCGCCGUUCAUUGACUUCAGCCUAUAGUCUUCAGCUUGCACCAUCACCUGCUGGUCAGGUCCUGCCAUCUCAUUUCAGAAGGCCAUCUCUGAGCGGAGACAACUCGUCUAAACCACAUGCUCCGAUGGUAGGUUCUUACGAGGAGUCCAUCUUGCGGGGACGGAUGUCCAUGAAUCCUUCCAAGCCGCUGGAUUUCACGGCUCAGAUCGGUGUGCUUGGAAAAGGCAAAUGCAAAGGUCACCUUAAAUGCCCACCACAUGUUACGGUGCCUUUCCCAGUUGUUUUUUACAGCUACCCGACCUCGGGCAGCGGACGGUCUAUCUCAGAUGACAACCCGAGUCCAUAUGUGGGACAAAUUGACCUGGAGAACUCACUUCCAAAAGAGCAUGAAGCUCCAACUAGACGUCGCAGGCGACACGCAAGUCCAGCAGUACAUCGAGAAGACCCACCUGGUACAGAUGGAGCAAACGUUCCCCGAAUGUCCGAAGCAGACAGUCGCCGGCGCAGAGAGAAGAAGAGUCGCAGGUCCGAAUCACCUAAAUGCCCUCCGGGGGGGUCUUAUCGAAUACCACAGCAAGGCCAGCUGCAGAUCAUAAUCAAGAACCCUCAUAAAACAGCAGUCAAGCUGUUUUUGGUUCCGUAUGACCUCGGGGAUAUGGAGCCUGGUACAAAGACCUUCAUUCGGCAACGCAGUUAUUCGGCUGGUCCGAUCAUCGACAUGCCACUCAGUGCACGAAAGAACUUUGGUACCGAUCGUCCGGAGGCUUCUUUAAAUGCUACCGAAGAUCCUCAAGACAAACCGACUCUGCGAUAUUUGAUCCAUCUAAAUAUUUGCUGCCCCGCAAGUGGGCGCUUUUAUCUGCAUUCGAGCAUUCGGGUGGUAUUUGCCAAUCGGGUUCCAGAUGGCAAAGAGAAGCUACGAAAUGAAAUUCAAACUCCUGAGCCUAGAUAUAGCUCAUACAAACCUUCUCGAGAUUCUUCGCCGGCGACAAGUGCGAAUGCACGAGCGGCGAUUGAGAAAGCAUCUCGCAGAAGGAGUGUCGGCCAGGGAUCAAUCCCUUCCUUCCGUCCUCAUUUGUCGUCACCAGGCGGCCUCCCCUCGCAGCUAGAGGUUCCAACACCCAUGGAUCUUGAUGAUUCCUUCCACCUAAGUCCACGUUCGCAAACUUCGUCUCUGUAUAACAAGCUCACCAAAGAUGAUGUGGGAUACGGGGGCCAUCCUUUCAUACCGAGUCAGACUGGUCCGGAAGUCGGUGAGAGCUUGCUUGCGAAAAGACUCCGAGGCCUCGAUGUCCAUCGAACCGAAUCAUCCUCCGUGGAUGAGCGCCAUCCGCACUCACUGGACCUUCGCAGCCGACUCCACCCCUUUCAUAACCAUCAUCGUCAUCAUUAA